CCAUUGCUUCUUCCUGUCCUAACCAUCGCGAUUGACACCCAUUUUACAGCGAUACCGUCACCAACAAAGAGCAUAGUCGCGAGUAGCAGCAGCAUCGACACCACAUCAGCAUUCGCAGCGGCAUCAACAGCUGCAUCUCGCACCCCUACUCGCCGCGUUAUCUCAGCUCGAAGCGAGCGCGUUGGCCCCAUCGACUCGACUGAGCACCGCCCCGCCACCCGCGACUCGACUCGAUUGGACUCGGUCCCGCCCCUGUCGACUUCUUCUUACUUACUCUCAACGCUAUACCACCCUAUCGCUCCUCGCUCCCCAUCAUUCACGUAACCCCACCACCUAUGGCUGGAUCCACUCCCAGCUCAUCCUCUGCCGGCGACGCGCGUCUGAGGUCGCCACUCCGCCAGAACGGCUUCAGCAUCGCGGCCAACGAGAACACACUCGCCAACCCAAAUCAACACUACCUCAGCAGAUCGAGGAACAGCACAGGAAGCACAGUCACCUUGCGAGAACACGCAGUCGGCAUGUCUUCCAACGGUACGCUGUCGCUCAAGGCGGAAGUCGUGGGCGAUGACGGCGAUACAGAGAUGAUCGAUGGCAAUGAGCCCUCGGCGUCCAUCCGCCCGCUUCCCAUUCCACGCACCUACUACGAGCCCAGAUCAGUAGGCGGUACCACGGCCUCACACACGCCAAGCGACGUGGCCACGCCACCGGACCAUAUGCUGCGUCGUCCCUCUGUCACCAAGACGCCAGCCGCUUCAUCUUCCCUCUCCUCCGCCAUUCGUCUACCCAGCGUCAGCCCCAGCUACCGAGGCUCCCCUCGUGUAGGCUCGCAGGUCAGCAACCACUGGUCGCCUCCCAACACCGACCGCCACAUCUACAGCAACGGCGGGGCGAGCUACCCGUACUCGAGCGUCAAGCCCUAUCUCAGCACCUCAUUCAAGACGUCAGCUGAGCGCUCGGGAUCAGCAAUGGACGAUGAAGAUGACAUCGACGAGGAUGUCUUUGGCCACACGGCAUCGCAGCUUGGUCUGCAGGAUUCGCCGGCUUACGCGCGUCGCCGCGGCACAAGGGGUGGGACUGCAGCCAUGGAUGAGAUGGACGGCGAGGGCGACGCAGCCGGCGUGUUCAGCUUCUCGAGCCCCUACCUUCGUCCACAGUCCGUCGACGACUCGGUUCCUGCUCUACCACCUUCUCCGCCCUUUGCGCCAGUCGCAGCUCAUGCCACCAGCACCUCCGGUGCACCAGUUGACCGUGUCCUUUCUCCCAGCAUUACGGCUCGCUCUCUCCAGAAGCUCUCACUUGGCGGUGGCGUCGAGAUGAGCCACUCGCCAUCGCAGGGCAGCAACGGUGGUGGUGGCAGUGGCAGCGGCGUCGGCGGCGGCGGUGUCGGCGCAUCAAGAAGGAGACCAUCGCACAUUCACCACGCCUCCUUUACCAACGGCGCAGCACCCUCAGCAUACAGUCGAUCGCUACCUUCCGCCAAUCAGGGUCUUCAAGCACGACGUCUGUCCUCUGGUCGUCUGGGCAGACCCAUCAUGCCUCCCUCUUCAGUGAGCGCCUACUCCAUUGCCUCCACGAGCGGAGGUGCUGGUGCGGGAGGAGCUGCCACGUUCGGCAGUGCCACCCUCUUCUCACGCAGCCCAUCGGGCAACAGCCCAUACGGACGCAGCCCCGGCGCAAGCGGAAUGUCGUUCACCCGGCCCUCGCCCUACGGCACGCCCAGUGGAGGACGCGUGCCCUCAGCAUUCGCCGUCGAGAUGCCCUCCCGCCGAGAGAGGUCGCGCUCAAGGCAGAGGUGGGGCGUGCCUCGUGGUCCAGAGCCUGCGGCCGCCUUUGCCGAUGAGGAGGCGGACGAAGAUGGUGAGGAGGGUGAGGAAGCUGAGGAGGAGGAGGAAGAUGACGAUGCCACGGACGACGAGAUGAUCAUGACCACCAGCACCUCGGCCGGUGGCACCAUCCGUGCAAGCCGGAGCAUCUCUCGUCGCCCCGACGUCCGAGACUCGAUCCCUGCAGUUCCUGACCCCGCACCAGCUCCUGCUACCACGGAGGAUGAUGGGACGGGUCCGCCACCCGACGAGAUGGUCGAGGUCACCGCGAUCAGGGACAGACUGGGCGGAGCAGCGAACUGCGCAGCCUUCAUUGCCAAGCUAUGGUUCCUCGUCACUCGACCUCAACGCUACGGGCGCUACAUCCACUGGAACGCCACGGGCUCUACGGUCAUUCUAUCGACCGACCCGGACCUGAGCAACGAGUUUGCAUCUGAAGUUCUCCCGCGUCUCUGGAACCACGCAAACUACUCUUCCUUCAUCCGUCAAAUGAACCUGUACGGCUUCCAACGCUUGCCCUCCUCCCGCAUUCUGGAUCGCGAGGAGAUGGAUGCAGCAAGGGCGCAAGGGCUCCCUGGCGUUGAUACCGUGCAGGGUGAUGUGAACAAGACGACGGCGCAGCAACUCUAUGGCGCUCAUUCCAGUUUCCUUCAUCCGAAGUUCGCGAGGGGACGCGAGGACUUGUUGCCCUUGCUGAAGCCGAGGAAUGCCAAGAAGCCAAAGGCUGGUGGUGGAGCUGGGAAGAAGGAGGAGGAUGGGGCGGGGGAAGAGUAGCCCAUCGUCGAAGAAAGCUCGGAAAGAUGGAUCUGAUAUAUACCUUUUUCUCGCUCUUGUAGCACACACACAAACACACACGCGUGCGCGCGCAUAUACACAUAAUCCAUGG